UGCCCUUGGCCUGGCCGACGGGGCUAGGAGCGGGUUUGCCCGUGUGCCAUUGGCCCGGCCUCUGCUUCUGGGAGUGUCGGACAGCGUGGCCGACGCUAGACACGGGUUUGGGGUCUGGAGGACCUGGCGGCGAGCCCCGGCUGGACAGUGGCACAUUUUUUGUGACCUUGUGCAAAUGGCCCAGCCUCCGCCCUCGUUGGUAAAAUGGGCUUAGCAGUAUCUGCGCCGGGGGCAGCCGCCAUGACCUCGUCCUGAGGGGGGCACUCCUGAGCAGCUUUCAGGGUGACUGCCUAGGGGAGGACCCAGCCUGGCACCCGAAGUCACUGGCUGGGCUUGGCUUUUAGGAGGGAGGGACUGAGUGGAGUCAAGAGGGGCCAGGGAGGAGUGAGGUUAAGAAGAGAGGUCCUCCCUGGGCAAGAGGGGUGGGGAAAUCCAAGCCCAGGCACACUGGCUAACGUCCAGUCUUGGGAUUAAGGAAAGGGUGUUGGCUAUUCACUGUGACUCCAAAUGGCUCCAGAAUUGUUGUAAGCACCCCAGACAGAGGAAAUGAGAGUCUGGAGUUGGGAGAGACGAUGGAGACCUUGGAGGUUGAUUUUGGGGGUAAGCAAGACUGGGCACCCUGGAGUCAGUGACUAUCCGAUGUUGAGGAGUUGGUGGGGGUGGGAGAGAGGGGUCCUUUAUUCUGCUCCCAUGGGAGGGGGCCCACCCCUCCUAGGUUGAUCAUCUGGAGGCCUGGCAGCCCUGUGGAGCGUGGGCACAGUGAAGGUCAAAGGGCUGUUUCUCCCCAGCCCACCAGCCUGCUCCUCACUACUGCACCCCCAACUUGAUGCCCUGUGAACCGCCUGGCCCGGUCACCUCUGGCCUCCCCUGCCAGGAGCUGUGGUGAUGAAAGUAUUCCAGCUUACUCAAUUUCACUGGCUUGUUUCUUUUUCUCAACAGGAGUUAACACUUGACUCCCAUUGAAGAUGACAGACCUCCAAUUCCUGCUGUGAGGAGGGUAGGCUGUGCUGUGCGGAAAGGGAGAAACUGACUCCUCUUCCUGAGAGGCGAGCGAUGGAAGCCUUACAAUCCAGUACUAAAAAGAGGGUCCUUCCCUCAUGGAUGACGGCCCAGAAGAGCACAGGGUGGGCGACAGCCCCCAAGAAGAGGAGAACCAUAGCGGCUGCAGCGGAGGCCGGCACCCGACUUCCUGCUGUGAAGACUGUGUACUGCAUGAGCGAGGCCGAGCUAGUAGACGUUGCUCUGGGGAUCCUGAUUGAGGACAGAAAGCAGGACAAGCUCUUGGAGCAGCCGUUUCUGGCGGGUGCUGAUAGUCCGGAGCGGUCCCCCACCAGCUCUGGGUCACCGUCAGCGUCACCGUCAGCACCCUCAUCAGCGAGUUCUGGGAGCAGUGAGGACGAGGACAGUGAGGAGGACGCCCUCCCCCCGGGCCUCAGCCCUUCUGAGGGGUCUGGCCAGUCUGUAGCCGCCUCCAGCAGCAGCCCAAGGGAAGAUGAAGACGUGUUAAAAUAUGUCAGGGAGAUAUUCUUCAGCUAAGGGACCAGACCCAGG